AAGUUGGUUAAGGAAUAACAAUAACUUUUUGAAUAGCGUUUUAAAGAAAUCUCAAUUCAUUCCUUUACAUAAUUUGAAUCCAUUGAUUACUAAUAACAAGUUAACAUCCUUACCUUUCGAUGACGCAAAGUCAUAUAUUGGAGAAUCUAACUAUGGAGAAUCUAUGACUAACGUUAAGGGAUCAUUUUUAGAAGGAUACAGACAAUCUAACACCCUCAUUGUUCUCCUCGGUGUAAAAGAGAGCGUUGAACAAAAAGCCAACGAUCCGCAAUAUGCACCAUCUGGGACUGUUUACUUUUGCUUUGACGCUACUCCUUUUCCUAAGGAGAAAUUUGAAUCAGCUACCACUAAAUUCCGAGAAGCUCGCUCUUUAAUCGGUGUACUCGAUAGUGAAGACUCCAAGAUAUUUGCUCAAGCGAGGUCAAUUGUUGACUGGAAUUUACGUCAUAAGUAUGAUUCAGGUUCAGGUAAACUGAAUUACAGUUGUUGGGCAGGUUGGAAGUUAUGUUGCUCUUCUGUAUUUGAGAAUCAAGACGCUAUAUCAGAAAGUUGGAAAGGCAUACAAAACUAUCACUACCCUCGUACUGAUCCAGUUGUUAUUAUGGCCGUUCUUUCACCUGAUAAGCAACAGAUUCUCCUCGGACGUAAUAAACGUUAUGCAUCUGGUAUGUAUAGCUGUCUAGCCGGUUUCGUCGAAGUCGGUGAGACUUUUGAAGAGGCAGUUGCACGCGAAGUUUGGGAAGAAAGCUGUACAAAAGUGAAAGACGUACAAUACUUUGCUUCACAACCAUGGCCAUACCCAAGUUCUUUAAUGACAGGAUUUUACGCCAUCGCUGAUGAUAAGACUGAUUACAAGAAGUUUAGAACUGACCUUGAUCCUGAGUUGGAAGAGGCUAGAUGGUUCACACGUGAAGAAGCCGCAGAGAUGGCUAAGAAUUCACCUUCAUCACUCGGAGACAAACCAUCAGAAAAUGUUCUUUUCAUCCCAAAUAGACAUGCCAUUGCAGGCGAGCUCAUAAGGAAUUGGCUAAACGGAUUUGAGAAAAAGAGCGCUAUUUAACUAUCUAAAAAGGGAUUUGUACUUAUGACACAUUAAGGAUUUU